AUGGAGAGUCUCCUGUCUGAAGUGUUUGCCCCUCCUUCUCUACACAACGACUCGAUCACCAGCCCAAACAAUUACGAGAGGCUGGAGUUCCUGGGUGACAGUGUGCUGAAUAUGGUGGUGUCUAUUAUACUGUUCGAGCUCUACCCCCUGGAAAAGGAAGGCGACCUCACCCUAAGGAAGAAUCAUUUGGUCAGCGGGAGGAAACUGGUGGAGAUCAGCCGCUCCCUGGGCUUCAUGCGUCUAAUGCCAGACUCGAGCAUGCACUGGCGGAGGGGAGAGCGACGCACUGGAAGCGCUCAUCGGAGCAAUCUACCUUGA